UCAUAUUCAAAAGGCAGUCCUUCAAACUCUUCAAAACAACCCUUAGAAAUCGACUGAUUCAAAGUAUUGGUCCCUUGUUUGGCCCAAGCAUUCCAGUAAAACAUCUUUCUUGCUAUUUUCGAAUUUGGUUUAUUCCAGAACAUCAGUUUCUCACGACUCGGGAUCAGAGUGUAACCACUUACCUUUUAGUCACGAAAUGUGCCUGGCAGCUUACAAGGCUGGAAAUAAAAAUCUCUGCUUGAUAUACUUGGACCCCAAAAUUUGCCAAGACUUCAGAGAGCCAGAUUAAAGUUUGGGAAGCUGAUUUCCAUCCACAGCCAUAAAUAUGGUGAUCAAUGUCUGCCUUCCACAGUUCAAGCCAAGAAUUCACAGCAACAAGAUUUCUGCGGAUGGGUAUGAAGUCGAAAACCUGAUCUCGGAAGACCUUGUCAAGAGGCAUCGUGGGUUCCGCUGUGAAUAUUUCAUCAAGCCCCCAGUCCACGUGACGAUUUCCUUCCCCUUCAACGUGGAAAUUUGUCGGAUUAAUAUAGAUACUUCUUCAGGUAGCUGUCACAACAUCACCGGCUUGGAUAUUUAUACAUCUACCUCAUCCAGUAAAGCCUGUUGGAACCACCCUGAGCCUCCCUUCUCCGCUCCGUCGAGCCAGCCGGCGUUAGACAAAGAGACUUUCACGCUGGUGGGCAAAGCUGUGCUAAAAAAUCAAAGCAAAGUGACCUUCAGCCAUCGUGGCUUCAGGCCAAGGCCGCCCUUCCAUCAUCAAAUAGACACUCUGUCCUCCUUUUCUGGCUCCGCAUCUUUGGACUUGUGGAAUAAGGGCCCAACCUCCUUAAGCAGCGUCUCCCACCUGAAAAUCUGUAUCACUCACGUAGCAGGCAGUGGCCUCCCCUGCAUUAAGAAAGUAGAGGUCUGGGGCCAGCCUGCCAAGUCCUGCUCUCACGAAGUGGUGGAUGAUGUGCUCCAGAUCGCCACCGAAUCCUUGGUGGAAGGCGUGGGAGGACAGCUCCCUACCCUUCCUCUGCCCAUGGAGAGUGACAUUGUGCCCUUCGGUAACGCAGAGAGCCAGGAACAGAAGCUGAUGGAGGUUCUUCAGGACAUCCCUGAGGAGUUCUUGGACCCUAUUACCCUGGAAAUCAUGACUCUCCCCAUGCUGCUGCCCUCUGGCAAAGUGAUCGACCAGGGCACCCUGGAGAAGUGCAACCGGAGCGAGGCCACCUGGGGCCGAGUGCCAAGCGACCCUUUCACGGGGGUGGCGUUCAGCCAGCAUUCUCAGCCCCUUCCCCACCCAUCCCUCAAGGCAAGGAUAGACCAUUUCCUCCUCCAGCACAACAUCCCUGGCAUUAAUCUGCUUGGGAGAAGCCAGGCCUUGGGGAUGCUGGUCACUUCUUCCCUAGCCAUGUCUUCUCUCAAACGGAAAAUAGAUCUGGUGGAUCAUAACCCAGGUGGCAACCCGGAGCCUUGCUGUUUUUCUACAGCGGACUUUGCAGUUGCGUCCACCUUGGGAUCCCACGUGAAGAGGAUGAAAAUGGAAUGUGAUUUGAAUUCUUCCCAAAUGGAUUGCUCAACAGAAGCGGUUACUCACGAACAGAGGCUUUCAGAAAGCUUGGACAGCGCCUUGAACUCUGCACUUAGCACAAUGCCGUUCGCAACGAGCGUGGCCAAAGGCGGGCAGCAACUGCACAGCGGCAGCAGCUCCAGUGAUUUCGGUGGUGCAAGUGGCGCUCAUGAGCACCACAGGAGCCUCAGCACACAAGGAUGUUCUUCCUGUUCUCGGGCCUUUUCUUUGUACUUCAAAACGGAGGCUGUUUACCAGCUCCCUUGCCGGCAUUUAGUGUGCCGCUCUUGCUUGGCCGACAAGCAGAAGUCCCUGUCCAUGUUGUGUACGAAUUGCAAAAGAUUGGUGGCCACCCGUGACAUUUCGAGGGUCCAUUUUUGAGAGGGAUGUGCGAUGUGCUCUCUGGAGUUGGGAGACUGAGCCAAGGCAGGCUUAACUGGGGCGGUCGAGAGCAGGAGGCUCGACUGUUCCCCCACUGCCACUGCCGAGUCGUGCAAGGAUGCAAUCUUUGUGCGCGUGCUGUGCAAAAAAGGAACUUGGUGAGGUUCUCUAGGAUAGAUGGACUGUAGCGUUUUAGAGGCAGAGCGAUCAAAGGAUAAUAAAGCCAUAUGCUUCUCUA